AUCAAAUCAAUUCCACAUUUGUCUAUUGCAGCAAUGGCCUCAAGUUAAUCUUCGCCAAUUUCUAUCGAUCUUCCUAGUGGCUAAGUUCAACGAGGAAAUUCAUGAAGGCGUGAGAAAUGAAGGCAGAAGAAAGCAUAUUUCCGGUUGAAGAUGUCUCAAGCAGCAACAAAUCAUAAACUCACUGUUCACUGAGGCCCGCAUCCUUGAAUCCAUUACCCCUUCAACCAUCGCAGCCAGGUUUGUGUCUUGCUUCCUUGACCUUUACUGGGUGGCAAAAGCUAUAGAUUGGUGCAUUGAGUGGUGAUGAAGAACUUUAUUGUACUGCUUAUUUGCAUUAGUUUGCUCUUUAUAAGAACCUCCACUUCGUUAGACGGGAUCACUCGGAGCCAGCCUUUAAGAGAUGGGGAGACCUUAGUUUCAAGUGUAGGAGUAUUUGCGAUGGGCUUUUUCAGUCCUGGAAAAUCGAAGAAUCGAUACUUGGGUAUAUGGUACAAUCGUAUUUCUCCUUUGACGGUGGUAUGGGUGGCCAAUAGAGAAGCGCCAAUCAGUGAUGGCUCAGGAAUUUUAGUAUUAAACGAUCUUGGAGUUCUUGCCCUGGCUGAUGGCACAAAUAGGACUGUUUGGUUGUCUAACAAUUCUAUAAUGGCUGAGAAGCCAAUUGUACAGCUCUUGGACACAGGAAAUCUUAUUAUUAGUGACCAAAAAUACAGUAAUAAGGACCACUUCAUAUGGCAGAGUUUUGAUUAUCCCUGUGAUACCUUAUUGCCAGGAAUGAAGCUUGGAUUCAACCUAGUCACUGGUCUGAAUAGGUUCCUAUCUUCUUGGAAAAGUCCGGAUGAUCCUAGUCAAGGGGAACAUAUACUGAAAUUAGACCCUCGAGGAUAUCCACAAUCAUUUCAAUUGAGGAGAAAUGUCAUACAUUUCAGGGCGGGAUCGUGGAAUGGCCUUUAUUUUACUGGAUAUCCAGUUCAGAAACGAAAUCCAGUAUACAAGUCUAAGUUUAUUUUCAACGAUAAAGAGGCAUAUUAUGAGUAUGAACUCGUGAAUAGCUCAGUUUACUCCAGAAUUACAAUGUCUCCUUCAGGCAUUGGGAAGCGUUUAAUAUGGGGUAAUCAAAGAGGCACAUGGGAGAUUAUCUCAGCUAACAUGGCUGAUCAGUGUGACAAUUAUGGUUUAUGCGGGGCAUACUCUAUCUGUGAUUUCAGUAGCUCCAGGGUCUGUGAGUGCUUGAAAGGAUUUGUACCAAAAAAUGUGGAACAGUGGAAUAUAUCAGAUUGGUCUGGUGGGUGUGUUCGAAGUGCUCUAUUGGAUUGUAAUAGUAUAGAUGGCUUCCGGAAGUAUAGUGGUGUGAAAUUGCCAGACACAUCUUCUUCCCAGUUUAAUAAGACCAUGAACCUUGAGGAAUGUCAGCAAUUAUGUCUGAGGAACUGUUCUUGUACAGCAUAUGCAAAUUUGGAUAUCCGUGAUAGAGGAAGUGGCUGCUUACUUUGGUUUAAAGAUCUGAUUGACAUGAAGCAAUUAAUGCAAGGAGGACAAGACAUUUUUAUUCGCGUCCCUGCUUCAGAGCUAGACUUUUCUGAGAACAAACGCUAUGGGAACACCAAUAAGGGAAAGCUCCUAGGAAUCGCUGUUGCUUCUGUUACAAUAAACAUGGGCAUGAUACUUAUAAUUUUUGGAUUGAUUAGAUGUGUACGGAAAAGGAAACCCAAAAGGGAUGACAAAAAUAUAUUAUAGGAAUCCUUACUACAAUAACUUGAGAAUGGAAGACACAGAACUACAAAUAUUUGAUUUUUCAGUCAUAGCUAAAGCCACUGAUAAUUUUUCAAGCA